CUUUGGCUAUGUUGGUAACAAACUCACGACGAAAUAACACUUCCUUCCUGUUACAGUGAAUGCUUGUUGUGUAGUACGUGAAAAUGGGUAAGCCUCGUGGGUUGAGGACAGCGCGUAAGCACGUGAAUCACCGGCGGGAGCAGCGGUGGGCCGACAAUGACUAUAAGAAAGCUCAUUUGGGGACCAGGUGGAAGGCCAAUCCUUUCGGAGGGGCGUCCCACGCUAAGGGCAUUGUUCUGGAGAAGGUAGGUGUGGAAGCGAAGCAGCCAAACUCUGCCAUUCGCAAGUGUGUCAGGGUUCAGCUGAUUAAGAACGGCAAGAAGAUCACUGCUUUCGUCCCACGCGAUGGCUGCCUCAACUACAUAGAAGAGAACGACGAAGUUCUGGUGGCAGGUUUUGGCCGUAAAGGGCAUGCUGUUGGUGAUAUUCCUGGUGUGCGUUUCAAGGUCGUGAAGGUAGCAAACGUGUCCCUGCUUGCUCUGUACAAGGAGAAGAAAGAAAGGCCAAGAUCUUAACUUUUGACCAGAACCAUGUGUUUUAUGUGUAUCUAUUACUGUAUAAUAAAACAUUAAUAAAUGUCA